GCUGCCGCUGCGCCAUCAUCAUCAUCAUCAUCAUCAGCCAGCCGCUCGGAGCAGUGAAUGAUAUCCUGCUGAAAACGCGUUUUACUCGCCGAUCCCUGUUCAUCUGCUGUACUUUACACCACCACGGAAAUCUUAGGAAUUGGGUUGUGUAGGCUACCAUGGAGAACAUAAAGACAGGACUUUAGGCUAUCGUCUGGUCAGGAUUCUCUUUUGAAUCGCAAAGCGAUGUGGAGGAAAUAAGGAUUGUGCUGUGCUCUAAAUACAGAUCAUAGAGGAUGGGCUGUGUGCAAUGCAAGGACAAAGAGGCUGCUAAGUUAACAGAGGACCGGGACACCAGCUUGUCUCAGAGCGGAGUAGGUUAUCGAUAUGGUGUCGACCCUACGCCACAGCAUUACCCCAGCUUCAGUGGGGUCACUGGGGUCGCUGCCAUUCCCAACUACAACAACUUCCAUGCCACUGGGGUCACGCAGGGAGUGACCGUCUUCGGAGGGGUCAACACAGCAACACACCAAGGCACGCUGCGCUCGCGAGGAGGCACAGGUGUGACUCUAUUUGUUGCUCUCUAUGAUUAUGAGGCUCGUACUGAAGAUGAUCUCAGCUUCAGGAAAGGAGAGAAGUUUCAAAUCAUCAACAGCACUGAGGGUGAUUGGUGGGACGCCCGCUCUCUCACUACAGGAGGAACCGGCUACAUUCCCAGCAAUUACGUCGCCCCGGUGGACUCAAUCCAGGCUGAGGACUGGUAUUUUGGAAAGUUGGGGCGUAAAGAUGCAGAGAGGCAGCUUCUUUCAACGGGGAACCCGCGAGGAACCUACCUGAUCCGUGAGAGCGAAACCACGAAAGGUGCCUUCUCUUUGUCUAUCCGGGACUGGGACGAUGUGAAGGGGGACCACGUGAAACAUUAUAAAAUCCGUAAACUGGACAGUGGAGGAUAUUACAUCACCACUAGAGCUCAGUUUGAGACCCUUCAACAGCUGGUCCAGCAUUACACAGAGCGGGCAGCAGGGCUUUGCUGUCGCUUGGUCGUCCCUUGCCACAAAGGGAUGCCAAGGCUCACUGACCUGUCUGUCAAAACCAAAGAUGUGUGGGAGAUUCCUCGGGAGUCACUGCAGCUCAUAAAGCGCUUGGGCAACGGCCAGUUCGGGGAGGUUUGGAUGGGCACAUGGAAUGGCAACACUAAAGUGGCUGUGAAGACCCUCAAGCCUGGGACCAUGUCUCCAGAGUCCUUCCUGGAGGAAGCGCAGAUCAUGAAGAAAUUACGACACGAUAAACUAGUGCAGCUCUAUGCUGUGGUUUCUGAGGAGCCCAUCUACAUUGUCACUGAGUACAUGGGCAAAGGAAGCCUCCUAGAUUUCCUUAAGGACGGGGAGGGACGGGGGCUGAAACUGCCGAACCUCGUCGAUAUGGCGGCCCAGGUGGCUGGAGGCAUGGCCUACAUCGAGCGGAUGAACUACAUUCACAGAGAUCUGCGCUCCGCUAACAUUCUGGUCGGCGAUAACCUUGUGUGUAAAAUCGCUGACUUUGGCCUGGCCAGACUCAUUGAAGACAAUGAGUACACUGCCCGACAAGGGGCUAAAUUCCCUAUUAAGUGGACGGCUCCUGAGGCAGCUCUGUAUGGGAAGUUCACUAUUAAAUCCGAUGUUUGGUCUUUUGGAAUCCUGCUUACGGAGCUGGUCACUAAAGGCAGAGUUCCAUAUCCAGGGAUGAACAACAGGGAGGUACUAGAACAAGUGGAGCGUGGCUACCGGAUGCCGAGUCCCCAGGACUGUCCAAGUUCUCUACACGAGCUGAUGGUUCAGUGCUGGAAGAAAGACGCAGAAGAGCGGCCCACUUUUGAGUACCUGCAGGCCUUCCUCGAAGAUUACUUCACGGCGACCGAACCUCAAUAUCAGCCCGGAGACAACCUCUAAACCCAGCCUCCUGGACUCACCCUGAUCUUCUCCUCCCCGGGCCAUUUCUAGUCCCCUCUACUCCC